UGUUCCGGCCUUUGACGGCAACUUUAUGUCAGCGCUUUAUCUAUAAAGUUCUUGUUAUUUCCAUGGCAUGCAAAUAAACUUUGUAAACUACAAUACGGAUUAUCAUAACUGCGGUGUAACAAAAUUCCUUGAGUACUUAUCUUUUUUUAAAUGCUAACUGUACCAGGAAGUGAGGCAACUGCACGGGUGGAGCAGUGGCCCAUCCAAAUAAGAGGUAUUCAGUAAACGUAUGUGUUAAAAGAGCAAUAUCAAGUUAUAUUUAAUUCCGACGAGGUAACUAACUGGUGAGAUUUAGCGCUAUACCACGUCAGUCAUUUCGACCUGCGUGGUUUUCUAGCAAAGCUUCGUAGUUAGCAUGCUAGCUGUUUGUGCGUUAUUUGUGGAUGCAGAAGUAUGAGGAUAGUGCAUUUACUUCUACACGUUACAAUCAGUGUGGCUGUAUUCCAACAAUCGGAAGCACUUGACUAACAUGAAUAUGUAUCUCUUUGGCCAGCUUUAUGACUCAGUGCGUCUGUCGGGUAAGUGAGCAUGGACACCCUUUCUAGCCACAGCUCCUACCUGCUGCAGCAGCUCCAGGAGCAAAGGAUUCAGGGAAUGCUCUGUGACUGCAUGCUGGUGGUCAAAGGAGUUUGUUUCAAAGCCCACAAAAAUGUCCUGGCUGCUUUCAGCUCCUAUUUCAGGUCUUUAUUCCAGAAUGCCCCGAGUCAAAAAAACGAAGUGUUUAACUUGGUUAUCCAGGAUGUCGGUGGCAUUGGCCAAAUACUGGACUACAUGUACACCUCCCAUCUUGACGUCAACCAAGAUAACGUGCAAGCACUCCUUGACAUUGCUCAAUGUUUGCAAGUUCCUAAUGUUCAAAGCAUGUGUAACACUUUCCUCAAGCCUUGCCCCCCACCUGUGGAAAUCCCAUCAUUUUCUCUGCCAAGCAUGCUGACUUCAGAACAUGAUUGCCUCCUGGGAAGCAGCCUUCCUAAUGAUGUUGACCUCCACUGUCCCUCUGAAGUACCAAGGCCUGGCUUCAUGGAGCAAGCCAAAAGAAUGGCAGUUUCUGUGCCUAACAGCAACUCAAGCUGCGACUCAGCUAGCAGCACCCAGGCACCUGUAGAAAAGCAGCUGGUCCAUGGCUACAAGCUCCGUAAUUUCUACAGUAAGCAGUACUUCAAACAAAUUCAGGCCUCAAAUCAGGGCCCAGGCCCUUCGGUUGUGGUGGAGGAGUCACAGUGUCAACUCGGGGUCAGUCAUGGAGGAAAUCACUCACCUGUGUGCACAGGAAACACGGUUCAGCCUAACGCUUCAUGCACACCCUUGGCAGGUGACAAGAACCAUGUUUCUGCACUGACACCCUCUGAUAGUUUGAACACUCCCAGCUCUGACCAUGCAGACUCCGUGCUGAGUAAGCCAGUGCGUCCAAAGAAGACUGUGUACCUUAAGAAAUACAACUACCUGCGUUCUCAGAAGGCUUUAGAGGAAAUGUUUGCAGAAUCAGUCAGCGAACCCAUCCUUAACUGCCCCAAAGAUACUCACCAAGAAGAUUCUGCGGUGCAGAUUGGGGCUCAAGAAACACAUGAUGAUCUUGUCACUGUAAGGGAAGAUACAACUAAGACCCCAUCAGAUGCUGAAAUUCCCAGACCAUCACCUGUAAACCAAGAGGAGCAAGGUCUGCAGACUGUGGCAGAACCACCACAGCAAACGGGACACAAAUAUUGCUGCAACAUAUGUGGGAAAAUCUUCAAACACCCAAGCAACCUGGAGAUGCACAAACGAUCACAUACAGGUGAGAAGCCAUUUGAGUGUAAUAUUUGUGGGAGGAACUUCUCACAGGCUGGAAAUUUACAGACGCACUUACGGCGACAUUCUGGAGAGAAACCUUAUAUCUGUGAGUUAUGUGGCAAAAGCUUCACUGCAUCUGGUGAUGUCCACCGUCACAAAGUAGUGCACACAGGAGAAAAGCCACAUCUGUGUGAUAUAUGUGGUCGAGCUUGCACUGUCAUUUUGUUAGGAUUUAACAACUUGAGCAAUCUCAAAGAACACAAGAGGACACAUGCCACAGACAAGAUGUUCACCUGUGACCAGUGUGGAAAAUCCUUCAACACACACAGGAAACUUCUGAAGCACAAAGCCUGCCACGCUGGCGAGAAACCACACAGUUGUGCCACAUGUGGGAAGUGCUUCAUUGGAUCAGGGGAUCUGCAGCGUCACAUCCGCUCACACACCGGAGAAAAACCCUACCUCUGCACCACCUGUGGAAAAAGCUUCACCCGUUCAGCCAUGCUGAGGAAACACAGCAACAUGCACUGCAAGGGUGCACCAACUGAUGUCGACGUCACAAUCAUCUCCGACCAGACUCGUAGUGCAGAUGCAGACUCCUCGCUGACUAAAACUGUCACUACAAGUGAGCAACCUUUUCCUGCACUGAUGCCUCACACAGGACCUGAGAAGCCUUCACCACCUACUCCUUCACCUCUGGACAUCCAGCUCAGCCCAGCAUCUACCCCAACCUCCCUUCCAGAGCUGCGCUCCCUCGUUCCCCAUCAUCUCCUCUCAUCCUCCCACCAGGAGAGGAGCACAUCGUUGCCUGGCUCUGAUCAUAUGAAGCUGCCCAAAGCACAACUAUCUCAAGAAGUCGUGUAUGGGCCCUAUGUGGAAACCGGACCUUUGGGAAGUGAGAUGGGAAGAGGUCUGGUGGCAAAGCCCUACCUACCUCUUCAAGACAAUCACUGUGCCUCUUUAACGGGGGCUAUUCGGUCCAACAGUGGCUCGUACAGGUCCAGUGAAGGCAACUUUACUUCCAGUGUAACUCUGUGGGGCCUUGCAAUGAAAACUUUGCAGAAUGAUAAUGACAUGGAUCAGUAACACUUCAGUCACAAACAUGACUCAUUUUAGGAGGUCUACUCAAAAAAGCUUGCUUGGUGUCCUGAAUUGGUUGGACAAAAUUUUGAAAACCUUCCCACUCGAGUCAAUUCAGCUGUUGUAAACAUUGUAGAGGAGCGCACCCUACUGGACAAACUCUUUAAUGUUAUAAUUUAGACUAUCCCCUGCAUGUUUUACUGGAUGAUUAUCUAAUAAAACAUGGGGAAAAUCACAAAUAGAGAUUUUAUGCGAGUUACUGCAGUUAUCUAAACAUACUGUCAUGAUGAACUGCGUCAUAACAGCAAACCAAACACAAAAAUGAACUCUUCCUUUUAUACUGCACUGCACUUAAAUGGUUUGCAAUAUACAGUACUGUAUUUUGUCACUUAGUGAUAUGACGCACAUUG